CUUCAUGUUCGCGACUCAGCCGAGCUGUCUGGUUUGUCGGGCUAGGAGAAUCCAAGAUGAUAGUAUGCGCGGUGGUAUGGUGUUUCUGUGCAGCGUAAGCGGGAUCCGAGCUAUCCCGAUCCUGCGUCUUCAUCUGGUGCAUGCUGAUAGUGCUUGGCUGGGAUUCACUCUCCCCGUGAGCUCUUCUCACUCUCAACCUCCCUAGAACCACUCCACACGGACCGUAGUGCGCAGGUAUUGUUAUGGGUGCAUUUUCACUUUGGCUGCCUAGCAUUUGUGUAGUGAAUAUUUUCUGGUUUCUGGGGGGUGUCAUGGUUCAGAGAUCUGACAGGGCUUGUGUUAAGUCGAUCAGCAACAGGGUGGAGUUAGAGGUGCAUACAAGUACAGAUCAUACUACAGGUUCAACAACUUUUGACAAGAAGAUAUGUGUAGUAAAUAACGGAUUGUAAAGCUAGUAAUUGGCUUGAGAAGCUUGAAAACGAGGGUAUUUAGAAAUAUAAAUUCUCGGACAUGAUUCCACGUGGAGUGGCAAAUGGGGGAGAGUGAGGAGAAAAGAUGCUCUUUGCUGUUGUGCUUUUCAUUCAGUUGCGACCUUUGAGCACAACAAACAUUUUUCUCUCCCGCAUCGUUUUCGCGUCUAAUCUUUUCCUCUACUAGCCUUUAACCGUGCCUCUAUAUAUUAACCAUUUCAAUCAAGAUUUCUCCAAAGGUCGUGUCAUAUUGGCUAUAUAGUAGGGUUUCCAACAGACUUC